AUGCCGCUCACCCGCUCCAAUGAUCCGCUGGUCUGGAUCGACUGCGAGGUGCGUUUCCCCCAAGCACCCAAGCCAGGCGCGUCACUCACCCCCUCCCACCAGAUGACGGGCCUCGACCCCGAAAACGAUACUAUCCUUCAAAUCUGCUGUUUCAUCACAGACGCACAGCUCCGGCUCCUCGAGCCCCACGGCUUUGACGCGGUUAUCCACCACCCGGACACCGCCCUUGACCGCAUGUCGGCCUGGUGCAUCGACACCCACGGCCGCACGGGCCUGACGGCAGCCGUGCGGGCCUCGACGACCAGUGCGGCCGACGCCGCCAACGCGCUGCUGGCGUACAUCCGCCAGCAUGUCCCGGCUCCGCGCACUGCCCUGCUAGCGGGCAACAGUGUCCACGCUGAUAAGGCCUUCUUGGCACGUGGGCCCUACGCGAAGGUGCUCGAGUUUUUGCAUUACCGCAUCUUGGAUGUGAGUACUAUCAAGGAGGCUGCGCGCCGUUGGGGCAACGAGGAGUUGUUGGCGCAGGUUCCGCCCAAGCGAGAGGUGCAUCUGGCGCGCGACGACAUCUUGGAGAGCAUUGCCGAGAUGCGCUUCUACCGAGAAAAGUUGUUCGACUAA